AUGUACUUCAACUUAAAAAAGUUGCAAAGACUUAAAUUUCAUUUUUCAGAAGAAGUUGUUUUUCGCCAUUCUAUCAUUUGUGUGCAGCAGCCAUUCAAUCUGUUAUUCCAAGAAUAUUCUUGGCAUCUGCGAGGACGCUAUCCAUGCAUCUCGUUUUGGGUCAUCCCACUCUUUUAG